ACCCUCAAGAGGCUCUCGCCUUUCGGCUCGUCUCGUUCCCUUCAAAAGUUUUGUCUUCUUCCGCCCAAUCCGAUCGUCAUCGUCGCGAAAUUCGCCUUUAUAUCCGCCUUUCGAGGCCCAGCUCGGCGUACCGGAACACCCCCCCCCACCCCCCCGAGUCGAGCAUAAUGAGUCUACUCAGGCGACUCGACAUCAUGGACCCUUUCUUCUGCCCGCCCCCUUCCUUCGUCGCCGAGACCUCCGUUUUCGCUCCCAGAGCUUUCACAUUCCCUUCCUUCUUGGACGGGCCUGAAGACAUCUGCCUCGCGCUCGACCUCCUGAGCCCUAACCCUACCAACUUCGACCUCCUCGACAGCGUCGAGGACUUGGUCCAGAUCGAGAGGACCCCGUGCUUCAGCUCCUACCGGAGGGUCCUCCAGCGAGUGAGGCCCGAGUCCUACGACUUGCAGUCUCUCUGCUAUCGCGUCUCGGCUCUCGAGUCGCGCUUCGACCGCCUGGUGAGCCCACGGGGCGCCGCCUCCGAUCGGAAGUACACCUGGACGGCGGAGAUCGAGGGGAAGGAGGCGGACCGGAAGUACAAAUGGACGGCGGAGAUCAAAGCCGGGAAGAAGGAGAAGGAGAAGGAGAAGCAUCAUCAUCUCCAUCAUCACCUUCUCCACCACCACGGUGGAGCGAAGAGCUAUAAGUGGACUGCGGAGAUCAAGGAGAAGGGCGAGGAGGGGUAUACACGGACCUACACGUGGAGGUCCUCGACAGGUGGGGGCGACGAAAGCGAGGCCAAAUCGCACAAGGACAAGAAGGAGAAGAAGAAGGAGAAGAAGAAGGGGGAUAAGUUCGCCACUCGUGCGGUGGAGAUCGAAGAGCCUAGUGGUCAUGAAGCUGUAGUUUUGAGACAGGCUUUUGCCAAGAGAGCUGGGACUAACCGGAAGGCAAAGGGAAAGAAGAAGGACCUUUCUCCUCUAGAUGCAGCUUUAAUGAUUCAGAUGAGCUUCAGAGCUUAUCUAAUCCGUAGAUCCCAGGCUCUUCGCGCCCUUAGAGAGCUGGCAGUAGCCAAGUCUAAGUUAAAGGAAAUUCGGGCGUUUUUCAAUAAUUUCUCCUAUCGUCGUCGUGUUGCUCAUGAUGCCGAGGAGCGUCAAAGGUUCGCCGAGAAGAUCAUUGUUCUGCUCCUAACUGUUGAUGCCAUUGAGGGAGCUGAUGUAAUGGUGCGGGCUGCAAAGAAAUCGAUGAUAGACGAGCUGGAAGCAAUGCUAGAAGUGGUGGACCCCCAUCCCCCGGAUAAAUCACUUUCCAUGAGGAGAAGGACCUUUGAUGUGCCUGAUGGGGUCAUCCAGAAGGAAAUUGCAGAUGGCGUGGCACAAAUUGUGAAAAUGCUCGACCAGGAGGAGAAUAGCACCACCGCCUCAGAGACAUAAUUGUGUGCAGAUCUUGCUCAGGGUGCCCUUGACCGCGGUAUUUGCUCCUAGAUUAUGUGUUUUAUUCAGAAGAGGCGUGUUUUCUUUCUGUGAGUCAAUUGUUUCAAGUCUGUCGAAGCUUUGUUUUGUUGGAUACCUUGUGGUGAGGAAGUGAUAUGAUAUCCUCGUGAUGCCGAUUGCUUCUUGUGCAUCUUAAUAUCCUCUGAAUAUGCUGUAACUUCCAGGUCUUUUUUCUUA